ACGCAGUUAUUCGGGGUAUUUCUUUCGUGCAAAAUGAAAAGUUUAAUAAAAUUGUUGUUAAUAUUUGGUUUUUUGGAAAUUGCUUUAAGCAAAUCUGUUGAAAGUGAAGAAUUUGCAUUAAUUGGAGAUGUGGAAAUUGAUGAGAUUACCGGUGAUGUCGAUGAGAAAACGUUAAUUGUUGAACCCGAGCCUGAACCGUUGAAAGAAGAUGAUGGAUUUGUGAAUUUUGAAAUUCUUCCAGAUGAAAUUUUCGACGAUAUUUUGGCGAAUGUAACAAGGUUUAGAAGCACAAGAAUCGUCUAUGGAAGCAUUGCUAGUACAAACCAAUUCCCAUAUUACGCAUAUCUAAUUAUUUACCGUCCUGGAGUUAGUAUAUUCUGUGGAGGCACUUUGAUUGCCACUCAAUGGCUCACCACAGCAGCUCACUGUGUAAGAGAUUAUAUCGGCGCUCAGGCUCACUUUGGAUCGAUAAAUAAAAAUAAUAUGCCUGUGAAAAGAACAGCUUCUGGACAUUACGUUCAUGAAAAUUGGCAACCUUCAACUCUCGCCAACGAUAUUGCUCUAAUAAAACUGGUAUCGGCCGUCCCCAUAUCGAGUGCAGUUAGCAUAGUUCAACUUCCGCCAAGAUCGGAUGUAUCGAAAUCAUACAGCGGUUCCGUUUUACUUUCAUGUGGCUUUGGAAAAACUGUCACAAGUUAUCCAGAUUAUCUUAAUUAUGCUUAUAUCAAUGGAAUAUCAGAUUAUGAUUGUUCUCUCGUUCAUUGGGUAUUUAAAUCGACUAUGCUUUGCGCAAAAGGAUUGAAUACUGGAAGUAGUACUUGCUUCGGGGAUUCUGGUGGCCCAUUGAUUUAUCAAUCAAACGGAAUAUCGAAACUGGUUGGAAUUAAUUCUUUUUUUCAGACAGAACAUUGUGUCAACGAUGUUCAAGGAUUCACUCGUGUUGAUAAAUAUUUAGAUUGGAUAAGCGCUAAAACAGGAGUCACAAUUUCAGAUGAAUGAAUUUAAAGUGUUAGAAAGAUCUCAUUCGUUUGUUCAAGCGAUGAUUUCCAACAUAUUAUGCAUACAAAAUAAAGUGAAAUUUUGGAUACAAUAAAUUUAAACUUUUUUUUAAUCAUAGAAAAAUCAGAGUAAAACAACAUAUA